UGAUUUUUCCACAGCUUUUGCCCGCUGCUUGGCGCAGUUUGUUUACGAAAACAAACUCUUGCUGACAUGCUUUUUGCCCGAGGUAAUUAACCACUGAACUAUGUACUUAUCCGUACAUUUCGUACACAGUAACUAAAAGAAACAGUAUUUCCGGGUCCAAAUUGCCCGAAAAUCUUCAGAAAUCAUAACAAAUUGUGGUAAGGUUGGACCAAAACUAAUCAGACGAAAACUAAAUACCCAUUCAGAAUUAGCGGAUUCUAAGGCUUGGGGUUAGUACAUUUUUUCAGCUAUGAACUCGAAAUUACCCGGAAGUUCUUUCCAGAUUUCUCUCAAAUUUAGAUUCAAUUUUUACCAAAAAAACUAGUUCAAGUCGUCUAGACUUAUCCAGGGUUUGAUGGUCGCGUCAUUGAUUUGGCUGUCAUCUGUUUAAAAAUAAUUUUGAUUGUUUACCAUUUCGUUUCAGCUUCGUUUCAACCAAUCAGAAUUGAGCAGACGAUCUCUGUUUUUACCAUCAUCUGGUAAAUUGUGUGUAUAAGUUGGACCGGAUUAACAAAACCAUCUUUAUUUUGAGCUUAAAUUGGAUUUUUAUCUUGUUUAUCACAGAGGCUUGAUUGCAUUGCUACAAAAUUGUUAUUUUAUUGCGGAAUUUUAUGAUGUAUGAAUAAUCUGGGUGAUUCAAUACUUACAAAAUAUUGAAGAAAAAACUUAAGCUUAACCGUGCUCCUUUAUUUUCUGCCUCUAAAACAUCUAUUUGGCGGAUCUUUUUAAAUUCGAGACGACUGAAAGACGGAUGCCUGUGGUACUUUUUCAUUAUUCAUCAGACAAGCAAGACUUGGUACGAUUGAGCGAGGAAUGAAAGCUGAUUUUGAGACUUGAAUUAUUGAAACGUGGUUGAAAAAGAAAGCAAUCUUUUGUCACACAUUCAGUUUUAGCCGCUCAAAAUUAUUCCUCGCCCAUUAUUCGUGUCGCUUCUCCUAUUUAUUAUUCCAUAACAGACGCCAUAAAAUUUAUUGUGGUCAAAUUUUCUUAUGUUUCUCCCUUCCUUUGGUGAAUUUUGGAAAAUAGAUCGAUUUAUAAAAUUCGAUUCGUGAAACGAUUGUCGAUAUUAUCCAAAAUUGUACCAAGAACCCCGCGUCGCUUAAGUAAUUUGGAUAGCUGGUGCUGCCGUGCUUAGAUAUCCCAAUUGUUCGUUGGAAGCAUCUUGUUUGAGUAUAUUUCUUUCAUUAAUUAUGAAUGCCUCGUUCUAUUUUGACAGGCAGCUAUCAGCCAGAAUUUAAAAAUCAAGUCAUUGUUCUCGGGCAUUAUUCGCCGCCUCUUUUGAUUUCGGUAGGAUUUACAAUAAAUCUGUGAUUUUCCUGUGUUUCAUUUGUGGCACUGUUGCUUUUUUAAACUGCGCCAGUUGGACAUCACGACAAAUAUAUUAUUUUCUAAAUUAGCAUUCUGAAAGCAUAUUGUUGUUUGUUACAAAAUAAAAAGUGGAUAUAUCUAAAUGUUCAAAACAGAUUAUAAAGUUGUGGUCUCAAUUUAGAUAAAUACACUUUUGCAUAUUCUGAAUUAGUUAUACUACCCCUAAUCAUAAUUUUCCGGGACUAAACAUCCCUGAUCCCGCCCCCUUUUUGUCAGCUAAUCCCGAGAGAAUUGCCAACUUUUGCAAAGUAUGGAUACGAGCAGCAGUGGAGUAGACAACACACUUAAACAAAAAACAGACCUGCCCAAUAAUACCUCAACACGAUUCUGCUCUAGCUCCGCCCAUCAUCCCAUUCAGCAGACUAGCACAAGUGAAAAAGUGUACACGGGCGACAAUAGCAGCUCUUCUUUUUCCCAUUCAAAAAUUACUCCCUCGCAUUUUAUUAGCCAACCAGUGAAAGCAGUGCGAGCUGUCAGUAGCAGUGAAUCAACGGCAAACAGCCCUGAGAACGGAUCAGUGACAUGCGCCAAUAAAGCCCAAAAAGACUGUCAGUUAAAAUACCCGCCAACCAGCACUGCAGAUUCGAAUUACAACCCCGCCUCUAAUUUGGGUAGAAGCAAAAAAUUUAAUCCCGCCUCAAAUUCACUUAGUAAAAAGUCGACUUGCAGUAAACUAAUAUCGGCUAAAUUCAUCGCAAGUGAGCUUAUUUGUCUGCGGUGCAACGAGUUACUCAAAGAGCCCUUACUCACACCUUGUUGCACAAAAAACUUCUGCUCGCCUUGCCUUUUGCCCGACAUAAUUUCAAAAAAGACCUGCCCCUUUUGCCUGAAAUUCCCGAUCGAUGUGCAAAAACUAUCGAUAUCGGGAGAAAUUGCUGAUAAAUUGAGCAGUCUUGAAGCUCCGGAGACUCGAGAGCAAUCAGGACUGGAAAUCAUGAGGAUCCUAUCGUCCAAAACUGCUCUCAAAGAGCGAAGUGUCUUGAACAUGCAGUUGCCCACGAUGCCGGCAACAUCGGCUGCGAAGCUAAACGACAAGCAGCUUUUUAACGAAGGCGUUGCAAUGAUGGCCAAAACCCAAAACGACUACCCUCUGCCAAGCAAAUCCGUCAACAAAGACCUCGGUGGCGUGCUGAACGACCACGACUGUUUGAGCCAUUUAAACUCGGAGAGUGUGAAAUUAUUGGUGGUCGGUGAUUCGAAGAAGCAGCACGACUGUGUGGACCACGUGACCAAACUGAUCCAGGGUCUUCAGAUGCGAGUGACGUCACUGGAGACGGAGGUGAAGACGAGACACAGCAAGUACUCGAAGCGGGAGAAGAGUCUGCUGAGCAAAGUGGCCACUCUGCAGAAUGAGGCACAGGUGCAGGCAGUCCACUACCAGGCCAAGAUCAACACCCUCACCUCACAGCUAUACUUUGCAAAGAGCCCUCACAUGGCGACACACGAAGAAAAGCAACAGAGUUCGAAUGACGCAAAUGAUCAGCCGGAGACAUUUGAAGUGACUUUGCUCAGAGACGAGAACGGCUCAUUCGGGUUCAACAUCUCAGGAGGACACAGGGAAGACAACCUGUCCUGUCCCAUCUUCGUGUCCAAGGUGUCUGGCCAGAGUAUCCAGGGAUCCCCUCAACACAGUCCCCUUCAGACUGCAACUCUCGCACUCACCCAGCUCCAGUUGAAUGACCAAAUCAUCAAGGUCAACAACGUCGACCUGAAUGGUUCAACUCACGAAGAAGCAGUUCAGAUUAUUAAGAACAGUCUGGACCCCGUGCAAUUCACAAUAGUCAGACAUGUAAUACCCCCUGACUUCGCAAACAGUUUAAACGGUUCGGUUUCUAAGAAUGAAAUGCAGACUGAUUCUCAGAAAGAGAAAAUUAGAGUUUGUGCGAGUUCAACUGUGGCCUGUCAAACAGAUCCCUACUUGAGUUUUCUGUCAGCAUCCGACUGGUACGAUGGUGACCUGCCCCCGCUGCCUUCUUUCGUGGAUGAUCCCGAACUGUGGGGCAGUAUGACUGACAUCGAGACCAUCACUUGUGACACCCAACUGCUGGACCAUGAACUCCACCAGCAACUGCAGCAGGACAACACCACCCCCGGGGACUCUAGCCUGUCCGCCUCCGAUGACGUCAUCGCCAGUCUCCUCCAGAUCAACAACUACGACUUUGAAUACGAGGAAGUGGUGCUGGAGAAGAGUAGCCCUGAUGAGAAGCUGGGCAUCACAGUGUGUAAGGGGGCACCCAACACCACCUUCUCACAACUGUUCGUCAGCAAGGUGGAGGAUAGUUCUCUGGCAGCGAUUGACGGGCGAGUGUCCAUGGGUGACCAGAUAGUGCGCAUCAAUGGCAAAGACGUCUCAGACACCACGGACAUCGGGAAACUGUUUGAAGUGAGCAAUGGCGAGAACAGCAGCAGUCUCAAGAUCACUCUCCUUAUCUCAAGACCUCUCUUCAGCGCCAAGCCGAGUAUCUUUGACCUCUGUGAGGUGGAGGAACAGACAUUGGAGGAGAUGGCAGCCAAUCAGAGCGAGGCAAGCAGCAACUCAGUCGCGGAAGAAUCCAGAAGCGAAGGGUUUGAAAACAUAUACGAAGAACCUCAAACGCCUACUAUAAGGAGACGAAACAAGAAAGAAGAUGCCGACACCAGAGAUCGAAGCGGAGUAAAGGAGACUGGAAUGUACUUUGCCGACAAGGACAGCGGCCUCGACUGCGAUUCAUCAGUGCGAAACGACUCGUUGUCAGAAACCGGCGACCACGACCGAACUCGUUCGUUCACUGGUGAGUCGGGAAUCUACACAGCCGAGAGCAUUUUCUCGUCGGAAAACACUGAGUAUCCUUUUGUGUCGUCAGGAACUGCAAAGAAGCUGACAAGAUCGUCACUGAUGAAUGCUCAGCAGCAGCAAGUAAUUUCAAAACCUGUUAUUUCUGUAAAAGUCAUUGCAGAAAAGCCGACUAAAACCGAAAUUUUUCCGGAUGACGCAACAACUGAUUCGUUCAACAUGAGCAUAGACGAAGCUUCGUUGCCUUUUACAGACGAGGACGAAAACGUUUACGAGAAUGUUGAUCACAUUUUACCCGAGGAAGAUGAAAAUAGGCGCUCGGUUUCCCCGCCCCCUUUGCCAAGACCAAAUUUGAUGCGAAGGGAAGCUGCAAAUCAAUAUCAAAACAUACCAUUGGCGAAGGACAAAAACCGAAAGACUUUUGCAAACGAGAACUGCAACAUGCUGAGUCCGAGUUUUGAUGAGAGACGAGCUCAGCUGGACCUCGAUUUUGAAACUGUGAAAGGUAUUCGAGAGAAAGGAACUCUAAAAUUACGUAAGCAGAUGAAAACUCUGAGUCGAGAAAGCGUAAUGGAUGAACGCGACUACGCAACAAUUUGCAGUACGGCGCCUCCAAAUACACCCUUAAAAACUAAUCAGAAUGUUCCGGAAGUUUCUCGAAAAUACCUGAACGCAAGAGAAAGUGCAGCACAAAAGUCAUCACGCAGUUUCCAGGAAUUCAACAAACGCUUUUCUGAGAGAAGCAAAAUUAGAAGAAAUGACAGUAUGUUAUCAAUUCCUACACAUGCAAAGCAAUAUAGAAGCUACCUGCAACUUGUGAAGUUGCAUGAGCAGCAACAAGAUAGGGAAACCUUGGCUUCCGAAUGGAAGGUCAAAAUUCGGCCCGACGGGUCAAGGUACAUAGCAAAGGUCAACACUAGCAAUACUUCACUAAACAGUAGUAGUGGAUGGAGUGAUCGAAAAGCAAAUCGAGCCAAGGUUUUGAGAGAUCGGACUGAGAAAUUAAACAACGAAAGAGCUUCGGGAUGUCUGACUACUGACGACGAAGCAGCGAGCGAGUUGAAAGUCGGUAGGUACUGGUCACGCGAAGAACGAACGAGACAAUACAUGAUUAGUCAGGAGAAGAAAAUGCGGAAACAGAUGAUGGAAAAUUCCAGGAACCAGUUUCUGGACGAAAGUCUGAACUCGACUUUGAAGCGAAAGAGAAUGAUGGCCCAACAGGCAGCGCUGGCAACGGCUGAUAAAAACAAGAUAUUAGAUACUUUCAUUACAAUUCAGGAAAUCAUGACUCACGGCUCAAACCUGCACUCGAAUCCACUUCUGUCUGUAACAACAGUUUAGACAAUUAAUAAGCCGCUGCUUCACAAGACGUAGUUUCAGAUCACCAGAAACUGAAGUUUGGUUUUUGUUUGGUUCUGAUCAAAGAAUGAUUUUUUUCUGUUUUGCUUAGAAUUUUAAAAAGAUUCAUAGAUCCUAAUUGAUUGAAUGCUUUAUGUUAAAAUCAGAAUGAAUUUAACUUGUUAAAUUUGAGAGAUUAUCAUAUUUGAUUUUGAAAAUUAACGUUUCUGUUAUA